AUGUAUGCAAACUAUUAGAACUAUUCAAGUACAACUUCAAAUUAGUUCGUCUAUGAAUUCAUCUAGCAAUUCAUCUAAUAUUCCAAAAGAAAUUUCAGAAAAAAUUCUAUAUAAUGCAGCACCCAAAAAAGAAUUAUAG